CCACCGCAGCAGCAGCAGCAGCGCAGGCGGUGUGUGUCUCUCUCCGUCUGCCGCUGCCUCCGUCGAUCCGUGAGCCGGCCGCCGUAACAGCGAUCGCCUUUACUCGGCAGCAGCAUCAACAGCAGCAGUAUCAGCAGUAACAGCAGCAUCAACAGCAGCAGUAUCAGCAUCAACAGCAGCAGCAGUAUCAGUAGUAGCAGCAACAGCAGCAGUAGCAGCAGCAGCAAUAACAGCAGCAGCAGUAACAGCAAUAUCAGCAUCAACAGCAGCAGCAGUAACAGCAUCAACAGCAACAGAAUCAGCAGUAACAGCAUCAACAGCAACAGUAACAGCAUCAGCAGUAUCAGCAUCAACAGCAGCAGCAGUAUCAGCAUCAACAGCAGCAGCAUCAGCAUCAACAGCAGCAGUAACAGCAUCAGCAGGAACAGCAGCAUCAGCGACAGGAGGAGGAGCAGCAGCAGGGCGAGUCGUUACCGGCUCGGCGGACCAGAAUAGCUUUGUGCCUGCAGCUGUUAGCGCUGCUGCUGCUGUUGAGUAGUGGUGUAGUGGUGUUGUUGAGUAGUGGUAGUGUUGGUGGUGGUGUAGUGGUGUUGGUGGUGGUGUAGUGGUAGUGGUGUAGUGGUAGUGGUGGUGUAGUGGUGGUGGUGUUAUUGGUGGUGGUGGUGGUGUUGGUGGUGGUGUAGUGGUAGUGGUGUAGUGGUGGUGGUGUUAUUGGUGGUGGUGGUGCAAACACCGCCCAGCGAUGGAUCCCGCGAAGGAUGAUGAGUAUGAGCAGCAGCAGAAGCAGGAGCAGCAGGAGGAGAGCGACGUGGGGAGAGCUGCCGUCGAAACUCGCCAGUCGCAGGACGAUGGCGUUCACGCUGAAGAUGGUGGUGGUGGUAGUGAUGGUGGUAGUGAUGGUGAUGAUGGUGGUAGUGAUGGUGGUAGUGGUAGUGAUGGUGAUGAUGCGGACGAUGAUGAAGUUGCCGAUGAUGACGACGAUGACGACGAAGAUGAAGAGGGCGAUGAUGGCGAUGCUGGAAGGGACGACGGCGAUGAUGGCGAUGAUUCGACAGCGGCGGUGGGAAAAGAUGCGCAGCCUCCUCGACUUUGCGACCCCGACAUGCCGGGAGAGAGUCGCACCCUGGAGGAGGAGGAGGAGGGUCGUGGUUUGGGGGAGCGCCAAGCCGGGGAACAGAGUGCCGUGCGCUCUCACCGCGGAGUGGAGAGUUUGAACCUGGAGGAGGAGUGGCAAGACGAAGACUUCCCCAGCCCCAUCGGCCUGCUGGGCCCGGAGCCACACGGCGCCCUCGAGGUCCAGGAGGAGGGGAGACCCGCCGUGCCGUCGUCGCUGCCGCUCUCCUCCGCUCCGCGUCCGUCCAGACGGAAGCUGACGGCACCGGACAUCAGCCUCUCGCUGGACCGCGCCGACGACGACGAGGACGAUGAUGACGACGAGGACGACGACCUGGAGGGCGACACCCCGGACAUCGACGUGGACGCGCUGGAGACGCCGGACGACGCCGAGUCGCUCGACGCCACGGGACCCACGGGGGAGCUCGAGUGGGAGGACGACACGCCGCUGCGGAGGGCGCCGCUGCCGGAGCUGAGCGGGGCGGAGGAGCGGGAGGACGCGCUGGGCUGGCGCCGCGUGCUGCUGGGCGAGACGGAGCACCGCGUGGACCUGCGCGCCGUCGAGCCGUACAAGCGCGUCCUGUCACACGGGGGCUACUACGGCGAUGGGCUGAAUGCGAUCAUCGUGUUCGCUGCGUGCUACCUGCCAGACGGGAAGGACCCGGAGUACGCUUACAUCAUGGAGAACCUCUUCCUGUACAUGGUGAGCACGCUGGACCGCCUGGUGGCCGAGGACUACAUGAUCGUCUACCUCAACGGCGCCACGCCACGGCGGCGCACGCCGGGCUUGGGCUGGCUCAAGCGCUGCUACACCAUGAUUGACCGCAGGCUGCGGAAGAACCUCAAGGCGCUGGUCAUCGUCCACCCGUCGUUCUUUGUGAGGACCCUGCUGGCGUUGACGAGGCCCUUUAUCAGCUCCAAGUUCAGCCGCAAGGUCCGCUACGUGCACUCGCUGGCGGAGCUCGCGGAGGUCAUCCCCAUGGAGCACGUCUCCAUCCCGGACUGCAUCCAGCAAGUGGACGAGGAGCUGCUGCUCGCUGCGGCCGAGGCUCGGGAGGAAUUGGACAUGCAAAGAAGACAGCACGAAUCUGACAACACCCCGUGGUACACAUAGACACACGCACAUGGACACACAUGCACAUGAACACACGCACAUGGACAAAGACAUACACACACACAUUCAAACAACAACCGCCAACACACGCACAUGAACAAAGACACACACACAUUCAAACAAACACAACAACAACCGCCAACACACGCACAUGAACAAAGACAUACACACACACACUCAAACAAACACAACAACAACCGCCAUUCGCCACUAAGUGGCAGUGACGUCACCGCGGCGCUUGUGCCAGGCUAUGUGCACGCACAUGCACACAGACACGCAUACAUAAACGCACACACACACAUACCAACACGCUAAGACAAAGAUCCCACGUAUAACAUUAACAGACUGUUGGGGCAAGUGCUGUUAGCGAGCAGCACCUAUGAAGGCCAGAACUGCACACGAGGGGAUGGGUGGCCAGCACCACGCCCGGCCGCCUUUGUCUCCCCAGUGGCGAUGUUUACACACCGCACACCAGGUACUCGUUUGAGGCUGAGUUGACCUAGGGGAGGCCCAGGACCGGUUCACAUAAUCGUCACUGGUGCUGGUGCACGUUAACACACACAUAGAUACAAAUAAAGACACGUAAACAGACACAGACACACACACACACGCACAGAGACACACACACACACACAGAGACACACAGAGACACAGAGACACACACACACACACAGACACACACACACACUGAGACACAGACGUAAACACACACACAGAUACAAAUAAAGACACGUACACUGACACACACAGAAACACUGACACACAUAGAGACAAUGACACACACACACACGCACAGAGACACACACACGCACAGAGACACACACACAGACACACAGAGACACAGAGACACACAGACACACAGACACACAGAGACACACACACAGAGACACAGAAACACACACACAGACACACAGAGACACACUCACAGAGACACACUGACACACACACUGACACACAUUCCAUCGAGAGAGGAAUACUCAAGCCACACGGCACAGGAAGAGAGCUCCCCACGGGGUGACUCACUCGGCUCGGGGCGACUCUCUCCGCGUGGCGAGUACCCGCGGGGUGGAUCGCGUCCGAGCCCUCUCCACCUUCCACCGGACAGCAGCGGAGGUCUCAAGCGGGAGCCGAGCCGCUGCUGGGCUCCGUAAGACAAUCAC